UCUAUAUAGAUAUAUUUCCUCACACGUGAUACUUGUGUAGUGAGUUGUGAGAGUGUGUGAGGUGUGAGUUAUAAAAGGAGAUUAGGAGAUGCGAAUUAUGCAAAAUGCUAAAUUGUAGAUAAUUAUGUACUUCGCGGCGAAGUUCGCGCGCGCGCCAUGAUGCACGUGAAUUUGCGUGCCGCUUGCCGGAGAGUGUGCCCCUUGUGUUGAACAUUGAAAAAUUGUGUGUUUAAUGAUAUAAAACUGUGGAAAUCGGAACUGGAAGUCGCGUUUACAUGUGCGUUUUUAAUGCUAGUAGCUAGCUCAUAAUAUAAUAGUAUGGACUCCAACAAAAAAUUUUUCAUCGUGUGCAGCAGUGAUGCAGAAGCAGGAAGACGUUAGAUUUCGAGUAAAGUGUAUGCAUAUGUCAAGUGUUUUAUCAGAAAGAAUACAAAAUGAAUUUCGAUCCAAAUCUGUUGAUAAAUUUCAUACCCAUCAUCUCCGUCUCUGUGUUGACUUUGGUGAUGUGUAUCACGAUUUAUUUUAAACUGAGGAACCGUUGGCCCGUCAAAGUCAACUGCUGGUUUUGCAAUGUCAAUUCAAAGGUACCAAGAUGGACGUUGGACUGGUGGCUAUGCAAUUAUUGUCACCAAUACAACGGUUUCUCCAAGGAUGGAGAUUACAAUUACGAAAUAUCGGAGCAAAGCGGUUCAACUGGAAAAAAUAGUAAAUACAGCGAAUCUUUUUGUGAGAGAAAAAGUUAUUCUAGUAAUCAAAAUAAAUUGUGCAACAAGUGUAUUAAAAUGGAAGAACAGAAGUUGAUUAAAUUAAGAGAACUUCAAGAUUCCAUUGGUGAAGAUAAUGAAAAACAAAUUGCAAGAUUUGCACAAAACAUGGAGAAAAAACAUCCAUUGUGUCACAAGUGUCAAUCCAUUGUACAAACCGUUUUGUACAAGCAAAAAUUGUGGCUUAUGGAAUACAAAAUGCUCUUAUUUAAGCAUAAGCAUAUCAGUAAGACGAUUCAGAGUAGAGAAAAAAUAGAAAAGUUUUUGCGUAUACUCUUGUCAAUCCUUGCUUCUGUGACUAUUUACUACUCUGAAGCUUUGUAUUUUCCACUGUGUGGAUUAGUAUGUCAAUUAUUUGCUUGUUUGGCUCACCCAGUCAAUAGAGGAAAGUUUGAUGUUCUUCCAAUAAUUGGAUGGAUCUGCCUUAUAUGCGUUAAAACACUGUCAACUUCUAUGAUUUUAAGCUUGCUGCAAAUUAAGUUAAAUAGUCACUGGACUGUUCCAGAUAACAAUAUGUAUCAAUACUUCAUAAUAACUCUGGCAACUGCAGUGGGAUUAUCAAAUCUGAGAUCACAAUAUUACAAAACUGUUCCCAAUCGAUCUUUAGCCCUUAAGAAAUUAGAAUCUCCGGAUAAAAACUUUCCAGUUCCUCAAUCUUUGUCACUAGAGCCUGUAAUGUCACAAAAUCAAGAGGUUUUACCUCGCAAAGAAUCAAACAGAAGCUUGUACUCUCCUGUAAAUAUAACUAACAGUUUAUUGACUCCUGAAUCUGUAGAAAUACCUAUUCCAAUAAAACCGACCAAAUCAUUUGAAUGGCCGUCAAAAAAAGAUUCUUUCAACCCCUACACUAAGAAAGAAUCAUCUUUUGCAUCUACCCAGGAUAGUAAAUUUCCUAAAAGCUUUUGUAAAGAAACUUAUGCUUUUAAUGAAAGCUUGAGCAGUUUGAAUUUUCUAUCUCUGGGUAGUAAUGAUGGUAAAGUUUCGCCAACAACAAGAGGCUCCAACCAAAAAAUCUUUGAAACGCGAGUUUAUGGUACAUCAUCACCAGACAUAUUCAAUAGAUAUUCACAACAAAAGCGCUCGAUCCUCGCACCCGCAAGACUCCGGUCCCCACGAGCAAUGUUAGAAUCCUCGUGGGUUGCUGGUGGUUACUGGCAGACACCUGGUGGUAAUAACAUAACCGAUACGUCACCAACAAUAUCACGCUCGUCGAGCCAGAGCUCGGGAAUAGGCUCAUGCGCGGGCUCAAUGUAUAGCCCAUCGCGAGAACCAUCUUUUCACGAACUUGAUCAGUGCUCUGUGAUGCCGUUGCCCAAGCAACAAUGCUGCUUUGCUCGACCAAUUGAAAGUAAUCUGUCUAUUACCUCAGGAUCAACUGACAAUUCUUGCAAGCGCAGGAGCUGUUCGUCGAUGGGUCAAACAACACCUAACGUCAACAAAUCAUCACCACAAUCAUAUCAGUGUCAUACGAAACACGACUUACAAUGCAGUGGCCAUACUACUACCAUCGUCAUGAAUCCAAUUUGGCUGCCAGUUCUGCUCUGUGGAUCUUUGGUGCUGAAUAUGGUAGUUAUUUGUACUACACUGUUGCGCUGAAAAUAUUAUUAAUUAGAGACCUUUUAAACUUUCUUUGAAUGAGGUUUGUCUGGGUUUGAUGCUUGUCAAUUGAGCGAAAGAGUAAGCUUAAAAACUUAGUUCUUAAGAAUUUCGAUUCAAAUAUUCUUUUUAUUUAUUGUAAUCUAUGUAAUAACGUUUUUAGUUCCAUGUUUCAAACUGUAACAGUUUUUAUGAAAUGCAUCAUAUACUCGUACAUAUAUUCAAUAAGAUGCAUUUUUUAUUAAAAAUAAGUUUCUAUUUUCGAAACAAUCAACUUUUUUUUAAUUUCUCUUCACAUCUAUAAUCUGUGAUAUUUUAAAAAAAUUAUUGAAAAAUUAUGUUUACUAACAUUGUAAUUGAUUCCUUUGAUAAUAGCUGUUUUUUACAAUAAAAUCAUUCAUUAAGUUAUUAUUCAACACUACAAUAAUGCGAUACACAAACGUACCAUCACAAUUUUUAUUUCAACUGUAUAUAUUUCAAUUUAUUGAGAAGCAAUUUUUAAUUUUUACCAAGUGCUUUAUUAAUUUCGUAUAAUGUUAAAUAUAAUUUAUGUCACUAAAAUUCCAAACUUAUGAAUACCUUCAGAUACAUACACCUAAAUGUAAUUUAGUUACCUAAAACAUAAAAAAAUAAAACUUUCUAUUAUUUUUGAUUAAUUUUUUAGAAUGAUUACUUAUAAUGCUAAACAAAUCUGAUAGUAUCAAUUUAAGUAAGUUAACAUUGUAACUGAUUUUAAUUAUGUAUUCAUGGCAAUGUGUUGAACGUUCAUUACCAGUUGUUUGAUACAGUUCUUCCACUGCUGAAAGCCUUUGAGUACUGCAGACUGAAGCGCAGUCGACAAUAUACUUGUAUUAAAAUAGGCUGCAGAUGGCUGUUGUAUAGUAUUUGUUUAUGUUGAAUGCACAAUUCUUGUUAUUAUGAUCAAUGUGUUCAUGAUACCUUUAAUAAAGUAUUUAUGUUACAUCUCGAUAAAGGGUGCCAUUUUGAUGUACCUAAAUUUGAUAUAUAUGAUGUUAUAGUUACACUUUCUUGCAACUUAUUUUUGGCUCAAUAGUUCAAAACGAAAGCAAAAUCAUCUCUAUCGUGAAAAUAUGCGACUAUUGUCAGAAAAAACGUACAUGUUCAUACAGAUUAAUAUUUUACUCCAGUUUCUCGUCAUUUAUUUGUAAGUCUGAUUAAUUAUCGUAUCAGUUAUAAUAAUUACACAUUAUACGUCAACAACCUUUAAAAUAUUUUUUGUUACAAACGAUUAAGGCCUUCAUCUUUAUUUCAAUCAUGAGUUAUCUUUAUAAAUAAGUAGAUCGAUUUUUUUUUAUCUUAAAAUAAAAAAUGUGUUUACAGGUACAUAAUAAUAUUUUUUUUAAUACAAGUAUACUAGAGAAUCCUUUAUUAGUCAAAUGUUUAUAAGCAUAAGAAAAACUUGUGUAACUUGCACUGCCAUCGAGACUGUCAUAGUUUCAGUAAAAAAAAUUUUAUAUCGAAUUUUUAUUUUCAUUUAUAUACAAUACAAUAAUUUUAAGUUAUAUGCAAUGAAUUUUUGAUGAAGACGGAAUUAUAAAAAUGUGUGCAUAUUCCCUACUUCAUGAAAUAUGUAUA